CGAGGUUAAAUAUGGCUUCUAGUCGAGGACGAACCGGUAAAAAAAUAGGCAAGAAGCUACUUACACCGAGCAAUAAGAACAAUGGAGAAAAACGCUAUCAUCUACGCCCUGUUUCUCUUGAAUCUCGGUCUAAAUUAGCUGUUCUAGCAGCUCAAGAAGAAGACGACGAAUACUGCGAUUACUGCUUUAAAAGCUCGGCUCGUCAUCGGAAGUAUAUUCAUUUAAGAUCGAACAGAGAGUGUGCAACUGCGCGGGAAAGAAGUAGAAUGCAUAACCUUAAUGAUGGCUUUGAAGAACUCAGAAAAGUCAUUCCUAAAACAAACUGCUCAGGCGAGCAGAAAUUAUCCAAAAUUGCRACUCUACGACUAGCGAUUCACUACAUAUCGGCGUUGUCUAAAGUGCUAGGUUUGCCGAUAGAUUGUGAAGGCGAUGAACAACRUGAAACAAGUAAAGACAUUGAUGAGCAAUGCGGUCAAGAAGGAAAGAGUUUACCUGAUCUCGCCCGGAGCGAUUUGGACUSGGAAAGCAGUUCUCCUGAGWGUUUCAUCUUCGAUCAAGGUUUGUGGUACUUGGCGGAGAAAGAAGAAGAGAGUCCUUGCAGUCUCCCAUUGAACAUCGAUGAAGCUUACGGAYUUUCAACACAAAAGAACAAUUUUCCCUURACUUAGGGCUGUGUCCAACGUAACAAUCUCAUUUUGUCAAGUGCCGSAUUUCCAAAUCUAGUUACAGUACUAUAAAAAAAACUACUAGACAAAAGCAUUGAAUUAUAAAUAGAUUAUAUUUAAAUAGUUUAAUUACAAGACGAUUUGAAUUYAUGAGUUUGAAAAAUUGAGAGAUUGAGAUACAAUAUAGAAUGGUUUGCACAUUAUAUUGAUUUCAUAAAAGGUAAAUAAAGACAUUUUUCAAACAAAUAAAACUAUACCGAGGCCUA